CUUUCUUUUACCCUUUCCUACCAUUACAUAAUACUUGUUGUUAUUAUGCUUAAAAAAGAACAAAGAAGAAAAAAUCAUAAUAAUCCAAACUCAUCACGUCUACCUAUUCCUGCUCCUGCUCCUGCUACUCAUGCUACACACCGUCGUCAUAUUACAACAGAGAGCGCUGUGACACCUACCAAAUUGGAUGAUAACAAAAACAAUAACAAGUCUAGAUUAUUUUCGACAACAUGUUCACGUAUGGCUCAAGAAGCCAAAAACUAUAAUAAGCGACCGAUCAUACAAAACAAGAACCUUUCUUCCUUUUAUCUUUCCCCACAACAAAAAAUGAAUUUGAAUAACAAAAGAACUAUCCCAGUACCAUCCAAAAAGCCCACUACUACUCCUACGACUCCUGUCGUCACACCAACACUCCGCAAGUCGCCACUUACUUUAUUAAAACAAGAUCUUGAAAAACUUCGACAAAAGAAACUAGAUGACGAAGCCUUGAUCCAGAAGCAAUCAAAAGAAAUUGCGAGAUUAAAAAAACAAUUAACUCGCCAAGUAAAGACGGAGGCAGAAAAAGAGCUCGAGUUUCAGUUGCAAGAAAAAUCGAGGCUAAAUGAAAAGUUAGCAUCUGUAACUGCGCAAGCAAAGAGUCUUUCAAUUGAUGUUGUUGAUUUACUAGAAGUAAAGAAUUCAACCAGUACCCAAACAACCUAUCAAGAUGAAAUCGAUAAAUUACAAUCACAACUUGAGAUUCAAGACGACGCUUUUAAAAAGAAACUGGCAGAGCAUGCAUCACUUGCCAACGCAUUAGAUAAAUCCAUUCAACAAACCCAAGAAACGAUGGACAAACUCAAGUCCGAUCAUGCCACCAAAAUAGCUCAAUUAAAAGCAAUCCAUUCCAUCCAACUCAACAAACUUCAGGUAGAGCAUGAGCAAAAUAUGAUCAAGUCAAGACGAGAAGCAAAUCGAUCAAAACACACCUCCAUCUCAUCUGUACACGGAUUGGAAGAAGUCCUUGAGCAAGCAUUGUUAGAGUUUGAGCAAGAACAACAUAAUCAUAUCCCUGUCCUCAUUCAACAGCAGGAUAGUAACCAACGAAGCCUACAAGGUAAAGUCAGGUUGACAAUGAAGAAUCAACAAUGGUAUGCGAAUAAGUACAUGCCCAUCGAUGCAAAGUCUUGGCCUGCACCUCAACCAUUAUCAAACUUGAACAGAGUACAGCAGCCCACACGUUAAUCUCCCCCUUCCAUCACAAAAAAAAAACCCCCAAAAAAAAUUAUUAUUAUAUACACAUAUACACUUAUUUACAACAUUAUACAUAUUAUACAUCUAUAUAUAAAUAUAUCAUUCAUCAUUUUACUAUACA